GAUCGGCCCAGUGAACCUUCAGUCUGAAACUGCCCGAAGCCAAGGGGUAGUCUGGAACCUUUCUCGAGGUGGAAAACGAAGGUUCUGCCUUCCGAGAGCCUCUCUGAAGAAGAUGGCUGAAGAUCAGCCUUUGCUUGCCGUGCAGGAGGCCCUGAGGAAGUGCUUUCCCGUGGUGGACGAGCAGCAGGGCCUGUGGCAGAGUGCUCUGAGAGACUGCCCGCCCCUCCUGACCUCCCUCAGCAACCUGGCAGAGCAGCUGCAAGCCGCACAGAACCUGCGAUUUGAGGAUGUGCCCUCACUUCGGGCCUUCCCAGACCUAAAGGAGCGGCUGAGGCGCAAGCAGCUGGCGGCUGGUGACACUAUCCUGGACAAGCUAGGAGAGAGGCUAGCCACCCUCCUCAAGGUGCGUGAUGUGGUCAGCAGCCACGUGGAGCGCGUGCUUCAGAUCUAUGAGCAGCACGCAGACGCGAUCGGCCUCGAUGCUGUCCUGCAGGCUUCAGCUGCGAGCCCCUCUGUGGCUGAAAUGUUGGAGUGGUUGCAGGACAUUGAGAGACAUUAUCGGAAAAAGUACCUAAAGAGGAAGUACCUCCUGUCGUCAAUCCAGUGGGAAGACUUGGGAAACAUCCAAGCUUUGCCCAGAGCCUGGGACCGAAUCUCAGAAGAUGAACACCCGGACCUUGUACGAGAUGUCAUGUUGAAUGUUUCCUUCUUCCUGGAAGAGUGAAGAAGCCAUGUGUUUAUCGGGAGACUUGGGGGACACAGGUGAAGACCGACAUUGCUGCCCUCUUGUAUGUCUAAA